AGAUGUUACCCUCUCUCCUCUGCAACCUUCCUAAUAAUACCUCCGUAUGAAAAAUAUGGAACCACCCUCUUCACUUUCUUCCUCUUCUGCCUCCCAUCUUCUCUAUCUCCUCCUCCUCUACCAUUAAACCCAUAUCAGAUUUCUGAUCUCCCCUUCCAUUAUUUCUUUCACUUUUCUUCAUGGGGGCUGCUGUCUCUUCUGCAAAUUCUGAUCAAGGUGAUGCGGGUUCUUCUUCUUCUUCUUCAUCCCCUUCAAGUCCUGGUCUUGGGGAUAUUCCAGAAAGCUGUAUCUCGUCUCUGCUGAUGAAUUUUGAUCCGCCGGAUAUUUGUAAACUGGCGAGAGUAAAUCGAGCUUUUCAUCGAGCUUCUUCUGCAGAUUUUAUCUGGGAAUCCAAGUUGCCAUCGACGUACAAGUUUCUUGCCCAGAAAGUUCUUUCUCCUCACUGCAACAUCGAAACUAUGACUAAGAAAGAGAUUUAUGCCCAGCUAUGUCGUCCUAAUCUCAUCGACGGCGGCACCAAGGAAGUUUGGCUGGAUAAAUGUAGCGGACAAGUUUGUUUGCUCCUAUCAUCCAAGUCCAUGAAGAUAACUGGAAUAGAUGACAGAAGAUACUGGAAUUACAUACCAACUGAUGAAUCCAGGUUCCAGAGCAUUGCAUAUCUGCGGCAAAUGUGGUGGGUAGAAGUGGUAGGAGAAGUAGAGUUGGAAUUUCCAAUUGGUACGUACAGUGUAUUUUUCAGGCUCCAAUUGGGUAAGGCCUCAAAGAAAUUGGGCCGACGUGUCUGUAAUGUGGCCCAAGUUCAUGGCUGGGACAUCAAGCCCGUCCGAUUUCAGCUAUCUACAUCCGACGGCCAGAAAUCCACCACGGAGUGUUUUUUGAAUAGCCCCGGCGAAUGGGCCCACUAUCAUGUUGGUGACUUCGAAGUAGAAAGCCCAAACAAGCCCAUUAAGAUAAAGUUCUCUUUGGCCCAAAUCGAUUGCACCCACACCAAAGGUGGUCUCUGCGUUGAUUGCGCCUUCAUAUGCCCAAAGUGAGAUUAGGUUUUAAUUAUAAGAAAAAAGUGAGAGUAGGGACCAAUUCACGUUGAAUUAAGGAGCUUUAUAAGAAAAGUUAGGCCUUUCUUUAAUUAAUCCUGUAAAUAAUUAUAAAUCUGCUUGAAUAUUUGUAGAUACAGAUCAUGUGAAUACAUAGUAGUCUUUAGUUUAAUUUGUAUAUAUCACUCGUGCCA